AUGAUCGCAACUUGGGGAGAAGCUACAGACUCGGAGGAAGAUGAGGAUCAACCAGAAGAAAAAACAGCCAACCUUUGUCUUAUGGCAAAGAUCGAUGGAUCAACCCAAGAUCCAUCAAGUGAAGAACAAAGAACUCGAGGAUCUCAAGGAACUCAAGAAACAAAAGUAACUGAGGAAAGUUUAAAUAUUAUUGUGGCUAAAUUUCAACCUAAGCCAUGGAAACAUCAGAGUUCGCCUCCAAUGGAUCUGAUCGUCAACGACACUGAAAGAGGAAUUCAGAAAAGAUCUCAACUCAGGAACUUCUGUACUUUCCAUGCGUUCCUCUCCAUAAUCAAGACAAAUAACCAGAAGGGGAUAGGACUCAAAUGGAUGUACAUGAUCAAGCUUGAUAAACAUGGAACAAUAGGCAGGAACAGAGAAAGUUUAGUUGUUAAAGGCUACAAUCAACAGGAAGGUACUAAUUUCGAAGAAACUUUUGCUCCUUUUGCUAGAUUAGAAACUAUAAGAACUUUAAUUGUUUUUGUAGCCUUUACAGAAAUUAAGUUGUACCAAAUGGACGUCAAAUGUGUUUCGCUGAAUGAAUAUUUAGAAAAGGAUGUCUAUGUGGAACAACCUCCCGGUUCUGAAAAUCCUGAAUUUUCAAAUCACAUCUAUAAGCGUGAGAAAGCUCUCUAUGGUUUAAGGCAAGCUACUAGAUCGUGGUACGAAAAUAUUAUAUAA